CAACAACCUCAUUAUUGAUCCUGAUUUGCUUUGCUAUAAAAGUACAAGGAAACCAUUAAGGUCAUUACAAUGCUCCUGAAACGAUUUGUGUGAAGUAGUUAAGUUGAGCUUGUGCGGUCUUCAAAGAAACUAAGGAAAAGAUGGCUCAAGGGAGAGGGAAGCGGAUAAGGAAGGUUCAAAAAAUGCCUCCACCUCAACAGCCAGCUACAACAACUAUGGUAGAUAAUGUGUUAGCUACACCUACUGUGCGUGAAAAUGUGCCAGCAACACCAACUAUGACAGAUAAUGUGUUAGCUACCCCUACUGUGCGUGAAAAUGUGCCAGCAACAACUAUUGUUCAUGCUCAUGUGCGAGCAAGAGCUAGCAUGCCACCACUAGCUAAUGUGGCUCCAUCAAUUGAUCAACUGCCUACCCAACAAGAAAUCCCUUUUGUGGGCAUUGGCAUGAAAAGAAAGCGUGGUAAAUCAUGUGGUAAAGCUCUUCAGGAGCUUAUAAAGGCUUAUGGUGGACCUCUGCGUGUUGACUUUCAUCCGACCAUCCAUGUCCCUUCUGAUGACACAAUUUCUAAAAUGUUUACUUCUGAGAUAGGAAUUACUGUACGGGGCGGGGCACCAGUAUGCAAAUAUGGUUGGUCUGAUGUUGAUGAAGAUGAUAAGAGGCUGCUAAGAGAGGAUCUGCGGGUGUUCUUUGUGGUGGACUUAACUGAUCCAGCUGUUGUUUCUUAUGUGGAUUCCAAAAUGUCUACUGCCUACUGCCAAUUCAAGACUCGACUGAAGAAGGAAUGGAAAGCAUUUGGCUCACCUGAACUAGGAAGAGCAAACCUGCCUAAUGCAGAUUUAUGGCAUGAGAGACCUGUCUCACAUUGGCACUGGCUUUGUGACAACAUAUACACCAACCAGUCUUGCAUUGAGAUUGCGGAAAAGAAUUCUGCUAAUAGGUAUAUGCAACAACAUACUCACAGGGCUGGUGCACAGCCAUACGUGCAACAUGCUUUGGUGGCCUCUAAGGGUGGGAAGGAGCUGUCGCUCAUACAUAAUUGGGGAGAGAAACACAAGGAUAAUAAUCAUGAAUGGAUCAAUGAGGCUGCCAAGAACAAAUAUGAGAAGAUGGAGGCUGAGAGGAAUGCCCUUAUAGAGAAGUUGUACCAAGAGGCACCCGAGGGUACUGCACCUGAUUCUAUCAAACUGACUUUGGAAAAUGAGUUCCCAAUAAUGGCUAAGGAGCUUGGGAGGAAGGGUAGGAAGAUCCAUGGCAUUGGUAAUGUCCCUCACAUACAUUCUAACAUACGCAGAGUAUCUGCAUGUGGUGGCACCAAUUUUGAGGUAGCUGAAUUGCGUGAUCUUAUCGACCAACUUACCUUUAAUAUGCUCAGUAUGAAGGAACAAAAUGGACUAUUGAAGGCUCAAGUGGAAUGUUUAUUGAGGCGAUCUCCUGGGCAAAUGAGUGAGGAUGACUUCCCCCAUCCUAGCACCAACUUCUAA